AUGUCUACCAGAGUAGCUGGUCGAUGGAGUUGUUUGACACAGUAUGUGAAUAAGGCUGAACCGCCAUUGUCACCAAGAAAAGUCUUUUUCGCAAAUCGCCGACCGUGUGAGGAGAGAGCUGGAGAGUCCUGGCACAGCCCACGCUCGCCCACGACGGGAAAGCACGACGAGCAACGACCAACACAGCCUCCUUUUCUCUCACCAGCCUCAGGCCGUCCCAGCAACGAGGCCAACAAGGGACAAAACUCUUACGAGCCAUCCGCGUCACUCUUGCCGGCCGACCACUCAGCGGAAGCGCAGCUCUCUGUGCUUGACGUUGCCGGCCCCCGCCCGCCCGCCAGCCAGCAACCCAGCCCUUGA